AUGUCUACUGUCUUCCGCCGCCAUCAUGAGCAUGAUCCGCCCAUUGGCGAGAUCCCGGUUCCUCAUGGACCUGAGACUGGCAAUGAACACGAGCACUACCCAACCGUACCGCCCGCCACGGACUACGAAAAGGAAAUCUUCAAGCACAUCACACAACCCGACGAUUCCUACACGUCCGAGGGCGUGUACUGGGCCGACCUCCCUUUUUGGAAAAGAUGGUCCUUUGUGAGCGCGGUUGACAGGGCCGAGUCCAAGACGGAAAUGAGCAACAUCUGGGCCAUGGUCAAGAACGAUCCCUUGAGCCCACUGGGUUGGUACUGGCGCAAUGCUAUACUGCCCGGUGCCGGACUUGGCCUCGAGGGCUACGUGCUAUUCUCUAUCGGCAAUCUCGAGCCUCUGUUCAAAUCCGUCUGGCCCGAAUGUUGGGGUCAUGCCACAGUGUGCAGUAAGAACUGGGUCGCAUCCGUCACCUACCUUGAGGUUAUCGGCAUCAUGGUUGGACAGGUUGGCGUUGGUAUCAUCGGUGACUGGGUUGGUCGACGAUGGGGUCUCAUCCAAGACGCAUUGAUCAUGUUCAUUGGUCUGGUCCUUCUCACUGGCUCGUGGGGCCUCACGCUUCAAGGCUGGAUCAUCUGCUACGGAUGGUCCUUGUUCAUCUACGGUCUUGGCGUCGGUGGAGAGUAUCCCAUCACCGCAACAUCUUCCAUGGAAAAUGCUGUGUCUGCUGGCAAGCUCUCGACUCGCGACGACCGUCUCCACCGUGGUCGCAAGGUCACAAUGGCGUUCCUGAUGCAGGGUUGGGGUCAAUUUGUCAACCAGGUCAUCCUGAUCGUUCUCAUGUUCAUCUUCAACCGAGGCUACGGCAACCCACCCUACAGCGAGACGGCCACCCAAUGGGUCUUCCGCCUCCAAUUCGCUAUCCCCUGCAUUGGAACCUUGUGGCUUGUCUACUACCGUACUUGGAAGAUGAAGGCCGCCGGCAAGAAGCUUGAUCAGGCCAAGAAGAAGGCCAAUGUCACCGGCUACGAUGUCAAGUCGAUGAAGAUGACCUUCAAGAACUUUGGAGGUAGAAUCGUCGCCACAGCCGGCGGCUGGUUCUGCAACGACGUUUUCUUCUAUGGAAACAAGCUGUUCCAGGGACAAUUUAUCAACCUGGUCUCCAACAACCCUUCCUCGGUCAUGACGACCUGGACCUGGAAUCUCGUCAACGUUGUCGUCUCCCUCGCCGGUUACUACGCUGCGUCCAUGCUGAUUGACAACAAGAUGUAUGGACGUAAGAUGAUGCAGCAAGUCGGAUUCCUGAUGUGCUUCAUCAUGUUCGUCAUCCCAGCUUUCAACUACAAGUACUACACCAGCGAUGCAGGCGUUCACUCCUUCAUGGCCAUGUACUUUUUGUCGUCGUUCUUCAACCAGUUUGGCCCCAACUCGGUUACCUUCCUUGUUGCCGGAGAGGUCUUUCCCACCCAGAUCCGAGCCAGUGCCCACGGUUUCUCAGCUUGCAUUGGCAAGGCUGGCGCCCUGCUGGCUUCGGUACUCUACAACUACAUCGACAACCAGACCAAGUUCUACGUCGUACCCUGGUUCGGUCUUGCUGGUAUGCUCAUGACCUGGCUUUGGCUUCCAGACACCACCGGCCUUGAUCUUAAGGAGCAGGAGCGUCGAUGGCAGUACAUUCUCGAGGGUCGUGAUGACGAAUACCACGGUAUCGCCGUGCACCCGGCCCAUUUGUCCAUGUGGGAGAGAUGGUUGGGUGUUGGCAAGUCGUACCACCCCGACUUUGACCUUAAGGCUAAGAUCCGGGACAUCAAGGCCGACUGGCAGGACAAGCAAGCCGCCAAGGAAGACCCUGAGCAGGCAGACAUUCUUGACGAUGAUGAGGAUCUGACUGAGGAGAUCCACAGCUACUUCCGCGGUGUCGCACCUUCCAACGGUGGAAUCUUGAGCUCAAAGAAGGAGAAGGGUUCGCAUGAAGUGUCCUCGGCCAAGGGCAGUGACCACACGGCUGUGCAAGAUGAUAACGAGAUCUCGGAAAAGUAA